AUGUCAGGACUGCAGCGACAUGGAAUCACUCAGCUCGUUCGCGGCGUAGCGAGGCGGUUCUCUUCAAGCUUUGCAAGCGACCUAUUUUCUGACGCUGCAGCUGCAGAACUACUAGUCUCAGCAGGGAGUCCAGCUUCGAUACCACGGUUACAAGGUCUGCCUGAAGUGAGCUGUAUGAUUUCAGGGCGAGCGAACGUGGGCAAGUCAACCCUGCUCAACGCUCUGUUAGGGCGUCGCAACCUCGCACAUACGAGCCAGAAACCUGGCCGUACUCAAACUCUCAAUUUCUAUCGCGUCGGUCGCGAUCCGGGGAAGCUCAUACUCGUCGACGCUCCGGGAUACGGCGCGCGAGGUCGGCCUGAAUGGGGCGAGCUAUUCCAUUAUUACGUCAAAAGGCGCGAAGAACUCAAGAGAGUAUACCUGCUAGUCAAUGCGACACACGGCCUCAGUGACGCGGACCGCACAAUGUUACAAUCUCUGGAUGCUCAAUGUCAAGCUAGUGCAGGGACGAGGUUCACCCUGCAAGCUAUCAUCACGAAGGCUGACGGCCUCCUUCGGUCUUCCAAUGGCCGGGGUGCUAUCAAGGAUAUUCAGCGGGACAUCUUCGAGGCCGCACCGACCUGCCUACCGGCUAUUGUCACUGCUGCUCUGGAAGAAUCGCGCCUGGGCAUCGACGACCUGCAGCAGAGCAUCGCAGAAGCCUGUGGUCUGGUAUGAUUCGUCUGUUCCCGGUACUGGCGUCCAAGCCAGACGAUUUUAGGGCACCUCGCGGGACCCAGUCGGAGUGCAUACUGGGACAUGCCCUCUGGAAUCGUCGGAAGCACAUGACCAGCCGGAAGUAGAACUGGGAACGGGUAAAUUGACGGUCGCGCGGUAACCUAAGGGAAGCGCCCGGGCGGGAGUGCCGGAUGCGGAAGGAGGCGGUGAAAGCCCGGUCUGGGCGAAACGUGGACCGUGGGGCGGUGGAGCGGGGACCCCGGGGCGUGCGACGAGGCUGGACGAGGAGGCAGGGAAAAGGGGCUCGGAGCAGGUGUGAGGACGCGAGGCGGAUGAGGUAGCUGAGCUAGAGAACACAAGGACAUCGCAUGGCCUAUGCUGUGAGCAGGAAUACACGCUCGAAUCCAGUCCGGCCAGUUCGUCGCCUCUAAGGAACAGAAGGCCGCCCGCCGUGC